AUGACAUCGACGGGGAAGGACGGCGGCGGGGCGCAGCACGCGCAGUAUGUGGGGCCCUACCGCCUGGAGAAGACGCUGGGCAAGGGGCAGACAGGCCUUGUGAAGUUGGGCAUCCACUGUGUCACCUGCCAGAAGGUGGCCGUCAAGAUCGUCAACCGUGAGAAACUCAGCGAGUCCGUGCUCAUGAAGGUGGAGCGGGAGAUCGCCGUCCUGAAGCUGAUCGAGCACCCCCACGUCCUGAAGCUGCACGACGUCUACGAGAACAAAAAAUAUUUAUACCUGGUGCUAGAACACGUGUCAGGCGGGGAGCUCUUCGACUACCUGGUGAAGAAGGGGCGGCUGACCCCCAAGGAGGCCCGCAAGUUCUUCCGGCAGAUCAUCUCGGCGCUGGACUUCUGCCACAGCCACUCCAUCUGCCACAGGGACUUGAAGCCGGAAAACCUGCUCUUGGACGAGAGGAAUAACAUUCGGAUCGCGGACUUCGGCAUGGCCUCGCUGCAGGUUGGGGACAGCCUGCUGGAGACCAGCUGCGGAUCCCCGCACUACGCCUGCCCGGAGGUGAUCCGGGGGGAGAAGUACGACGGCCGCAAGGCGGACGUGUGGAGCUGCGGCGUGAUCCUGUUCGCGCUGCUGGUGGGGGCGCUGCCCUUCGACGACGACAACCUGCGGCAGUUGCUGGAGAAGGUCAAGCGCGGCGUGUUCCACAUGCCGCACUUCAUCCCGCCCGACUGCCAGAGCCUGCUGCGCGGCAUGAUCGAGGUGGACGCCGCGCGGCGCCUCACGCUAGAACACAUUCAGAAACACACAUGGUAUAUAGGGGGCAAGAACGAGCCGGAGCCCGAGCAGCCCAUCCCCCGCAAGGUGCAGAUCCGCUCGCUGCCCAGCCUGGAGGACAUCGACCCCGACGUGCUGGACAGCAUGCACUCGCUCGGCUGCUUCCGGGACCGCAACAAGCUGCUGCAGGACCUGCUGUCCGAGGAGGAGAACCAGGAGAAGAUGAUCUACUUCCUCCUCCUGGACCGGAAGGAGCGGUACCCCAGCCACGAGGAUGAGGACCUGCCCCCCAGGAACGAAAUCGACCCUCCCCGGAAGCGCGUGGACUCCCCAAUGCUGAACCGGCACGGCAAGCGGCGGCCGGAGCGCAAGUCCAUGGAGGUGCUCAGCGGGACAGACGGCGGCUCCCCCGUGCCCGCGCGGCGAGCCAUCGAGAUGGCCCAGCAUGGCCAGAGGUCCCGGUCCAUCAGCGGUGCCUCCUCGGGCCUCUCCACGAGCCCCCUCAGCAGCCCCCGGGUCACCCCUCACCCCUCACCGCGGGGCAGUCCCCUCCCCACCCCCAAGGGCACGCCCGUGCACACGCCAAAGGAGAGCCCGGCCGGCACGCCCAACCCCACGCCACCGUCCAGCCCCAGCGUCGGCGGCGUGCCCUGGAGGACGCGGCUCAACUCCAUCAAGAACAGCUUCCUGGGCUCGCCUCGCUUCCACCGCCGGAAACUACAAGUUCCAACGCCAGAGGAGAUGUCCAACCUGACUCCGGAGUCGUCCCCAGAGCUGGCCAAGAAGUCGUGGUUCGGGAACUUCAUUAGCCUGGAGAAGGAGGAGCAGAUCUUUGUGGUGAUAAAGGACAAGCCGCUGAGCUCCAUCAAGGCCGACGUGGUGCACGCCUUCCUGUCGAUCCCCAGCCUGGGCCACAGCGUCAUCUCCCAGACGAGCUUCAGGGCCGAGUACAAGGCGACCGGAGGCCCGGCCGUGUUCCAGAAGCCGGUCAAGUUCCAGGUGGACAUCACCUACACGGAGGGCAGCGAGGCCCACAAAGAGAACGGCAUCUACUCUGUGACCUUCACACUGCUCUCUGGCCCGAGCCGCCGCUUCAAGAGGGUGGUGGAGACCAUCCAGGCCCAGCUGCUGAGCGCCCACGAGCAGCCGUGUGCCCCGCACCUGCCAGACACCACUAACUGUAUGGAAAUGGUGACGGGGCGGCUUUCCAAAUGUGGAAUUAUCCCGAAAAGUUAA